AUGUCCAUGGAUGCCGGCCCGUCACGUCAGGGUGAAUUGGAGCUCGCCGAACCCGUCACCCCAGCCGGCAGCGGCGCCGGUCUUGCGCGGAAGUCAAAGGAGGAGUACCUUCUGUCAAGGCUCUUGGACCAGAGCUUCAACAUUAAGACAUACCCUGAUCCGCUGAUCCCGCGGAAGGGUGUCGACCCCCAAUUCUUCCCCAAAGGCGUGACGCCAGAGCGGGAGUUGCAGUGGCUGGAUCGGAUCAAGGCGGUCAGAGCCGAGCAAGCAGACAACGGCACGAAGUCGCACAAGACAGAAGGGGCCUAG